GUAGGUAGUGGUGCGUGAGGCUGUCAGACGGCGUGCUCUGGGUCUGCGGACGGGGGGACAGCAGCAGCACCGGACCUCCGGACCUCCACGUAGACCCGGUGUGACCUCCACAGACCACCCGGACCGCCCGGACCCUGACCGCUCGGACCCGGACCGCUCGGACCCGGACCGCUCGGACCCGGACCCAGGUCAAAACGCCCUCCCAGGAGGAACUAGACAAAAAACGGGACGAGGCAAGAGGAGGAACGAGGGGGGUGGCGGGCUAGUUUUGUUUACCUUCCUUUUUUCUCUUCUUCCAGUUUUCGCGCUUUGUUGUUGUUGUUGUUGGUGGGGGGGGGGGGGGGGUGAGUCGUGGACUAAGGGGCUCCCGGGCUGGACCGCAUGCAUGACACAACGCAGAGGCGAGAAGCCCGCCAUCAGCAUCCAGGAGCACAUGGCCAUCGACGUGUGCCCCGGCCCCAUCCAGCCCAUCAAGCAGAUCUCAGACUACUUCCCCCGGUACCCGCGGGGCCCCCCCCCCGCCGCGCCCCUCCGGCCCCCGAGCCCGGCCCUCUCCACCUCCUCCUCCGCCUCCACCUCCUCCCCGGCCACCGCCGCCGCCGAAAGCGACCGCCCCAAUGAGGAUAAACCGGACCGGGCUGGGGCCGGAGCCGCCGCCUCCUCUCCGAGCGCCAGGAGGGACGAGGACCCCGACGUGGAGGGCUACGACUCGGACGACUCCACGACAUUGGGGACCUUGGAGUUCAGCUUGCAGUACGACCAGGAGAACAACGCGCUGCACUGCACCAUCAACAGAGCCAAGGGGCUGAAGUCGAUGGACCACAACGGGCUCUCGGACCCCUACGUCAAGCUGCAUCUCCUGCCCGGGGCCAGCAAGGCCAAUAAACUGAGAACCAAGACCCUGCACAACACACUCAACCCCGUCUGGAGCGAGACCCUCACCUACUACGGCAUCACGGACGAGGACAUGGUCCGCAAGACACUCAGGAUUUCCGUGUGCGACGAGGACAAAUUCCGACACAACGAGUUCAUCGGGGAGACGCGGAUCCCGCUCAAGAAGCUGAAGCCCAACCAAAUCAAAAACUUCAACAACUGCCUGGAGAAACAAUUACCUGAGUUCUGUUACGACAUUAAAUAUGCAGACCUCACCAAAAAGACCUUGGAGGUGACCGUGUGGGACUACGACAUCGGGAAGUCCAACGAUUUCAUAGGUGGCGUGUCUCUGGGCAUCAAUGCAAACGGAGAGCGGCUCAAACACUGGUUCGACUGCCUGAAAAACAAGGACAAGAAAAUUGAGCGCUGGCACACGUUGACCAAUGAAUUACCCGGUUCAUUAAAUGACUGAAGACCCCCCCCCCCCCCCCCCCAACACAACAGAUAGGACUUCCUGUCUUCGU